GAAUUCACAUGGAAGAAACAUCCCUGCACCAGAGUUACAGGAAUUAACUGCCGCCCAUAAUGAAAGACCUUGUUAUCAUUUUGGGUUCUUCCUCCAUUGCCACUCCGCAUCACCCCGAUCACCACAGCCGCCGGCACCACCACUCAGCAAAAAACAAACCCAGUUCAUCUCUGCACAAGCUCUCUCCUUCUGAGAAACCACCCGCAAUCCCUUCAGUCCAUCCUCACUCAAAGUCUCACUCUUUACUUUCUUCUGUGCGAUGGGACCUCACUUCCCGCUGCAAGUCGGACCUCAAGUACUACGCGGACCUUGCUUCGAAGCUCGCGGAGGACGGCCGCCUUGAGGAUUUUGUAGUGGUUGUGGAAACGGUAAUUGAUUCGGGUGUUAAUGCUUCGCAUUUGGGGGCUAUGUUGAAUGUUGAGCUUGUGUCUAAGGGGGUUUCGAGGAAUCUCUUGGAGAGGAAAGCUGAGAGUGUUGUUGAGGCGUUGAAGAAAAUUGAGAGGGUUGGGAUUGCUCCGGUGAAGCUGGUUGACAAGGGUGCUUUGGAGUUGCCUAAAAGAGAGUGUCGACGACUUGUGGAUUGUGGUCAAGUAGAGGAAGCUGUUGAUUUAAUGGAGGUUCUUGCUGGUUUCAACUUCACAGUGAAAGAAUUAGUGGCUCCAUCCCACAUUGUCAAAAUUUGUGUUGAUAAACGAAACCCAAAAUUGGCGAUAAGGUAUGCAUGUCUCUUGCCACAUGCACAUAUAUUGUUCUGUAGCAUUAUAAAAGAAUUUGGAAAGAUGGGAGAUAUGGUGUCUGCAUGGAUAGCAUACGAAGCAUCUAAGAAGCAACUAAGUGGUCCUAACAUGUACAUAUACCGCACAAUAAUUGAUGUUUGUGGUCUUUGUGAUGACUACAUGAAAUCUAGGGAUCUUUACAAGGAUUUGCUAAAUCAGAAUGUUACUCCAAAUAUUUAUGUCUUCAACAGUCUUAUGAAUGUGAAUGCUCAUGAUUUGAGAUUCACAUUGGAUGUGUUCAAGAAUAUGCAGAAUCUAGGUAUCACGGCAGAUAUGGCAUCCUAUAACAUCCUUUUGAAGGCAUGCUGCCUUGCUGGCAGAGUUGAUUUAGCCCAAGAAGUUUUCAAUGAAGUAAAGCAUUUGGAAUCAGCUGGAGUUGUAAGAUUGGAUAUCUUUACAUACAGCACAAUUAUAAAGGCCUUUGCAGAUGCAAAGAUGUGGCAAAUGGCUCUACAUAUCAAAGAAGAUAUGCUAUCAGCUGGUGUUAUCCCUAAUACAGUGACAUGGUCAGCAUUGAUCAGUGCCUGUGCCAAUGCAGGUUUGGUUGAGCAGGCAACUAAAUUAUUUGAAGAGAUGCUUCUUGCUGGAUGUGACCCUAAUUCACAAUGUUGCAACAUCCUUCUACAUGCUCAUGUUGAGGCUUGCCAGUACGACAGGGCUUUUCGUCUUUUUAACUGUUGGACGGGAAGAACACUCCAGAAAAAUUCCGAUUGGGAUUUCAACGGCAAAACAGAUAGCUUUUCAAGUACCGGGGAGCUAAACAGAACUUAUAUUUCUAGUGAGCUCAACUGCAUACCUCUUUCAAAUCACUUAAGCUCAGCCAAGAGGUUUUCCUUUAGACCCACAACAACAACAUAUAAUAUUUUAAUGAAGGCCUGUGGUACUGAUUAUUACCGUGGGAAGGCUUUAAUGGAUGAGAUGAAGUCUCUAGGUCUUUCCCCCAAUUAUAUAAGCUGGUCAAUUUUGAUUGACACUUGUGGGGGUUCAGGCAAUAUACAGGGUGCCAUACAGAUAUUGAAAACCAUGCAUUUGGAUGGAGUUAAACCUGAUGUUGUUGCGUACACUACAGCAAUCAAGGUGUGCGUGGGAAGCAAAAAUCUGAAUUUAGCGUUUUCAUUAUAUGAAGAAAUGAAGAGAUAUCACAUACAACCUAAUUUGGUGACAUAUAAUACACUUCUAAGAGCCCGUAGUAGAUACGGUUCCUUAAUUGAAGUGCAGCAGUGUCUAGCUAUAUAUCAAGAUAUGCGUAAAGCAGGGUACAAAUCCAAUGAUUACUAUCUCAAGGAACUAAUCGAGGAGUGGUGUGAAGGAGUAAUAAAAGAAAACUAUAGGAACCAAGAAGAGUCAAGUUCCCAAAAAAGAACCGACUUGAAGAGAACUUAUGGUCUACUUCUUGAAAAGGUUGCGUUGCACUUGCAGAAAAGUACUGCAGAUAGCAUAGCAAUUGACCUUCAGGGAUUAACAAAGGUUGAGGCGAGAAUAGUAGUUCUUGCAGUUUUGCGAAUGAUCAAAGAAAACUACAUCCUAGGAAAUUUAGUAAAAGAUGAUGUGCUGAUCAUCAUAGGAGUCGGUGUUCUGGAUGCAGAUCCUAAGUCUGAGGUUAAAGAUUCAAUAAUCAAACUUUUGAAGAAUGAGUUGGGACUUGAGGUCAUUUUGGUCAAGACAAAAGUGACAGAAGAUGAAAGAGUAGAUACGGAGAACCUUAGCAGCUCCAAUCCAAAUAUAGAAGUUACAGUGCGAAACAAUAAAGUACCCAUGAAGUCCUUAUCUUCUACCAGGAGACCUGUAAUUCUCCAAAGGCUAAAGAUUACAAAGAGAUCAUUGCAUCACUGGCUGCAGCGAAGGAUAGGUGCUAUUAAAAGGUAAAUAGUUGUAUGUACUAAUCCCAAUUUUGCGUAUAGAUGUCCAUUUCUUUAUAAUAAAGAACAACUAAAAACAGAGUAAGUCAAUGCAUCAUUGUAUUCUCUUGCAAUUCAAUUCCAGUCAUAUGUAUAGCCAGCUUUAAUCAAAUAAAAUAAAGGUGUUCUCCUUCA